AUGGCUCCGAGUACGCGAGGAUGGCAGAUGAUCGAGAUCGUCUCGGUCUUGGUUGCACUGUGCCUCAUUUCGGUUGUGCUGCGAGUGGUCGCUCGCCUGCGCCGACGAGUCGGAUUUGGGGUGGAUGACUAUCUUAGUAUUGUCUCUAUGGUGCUGAUGAUUGCCAUGCUGAUUGAAUUGGGCUUGUGGUGUUCGAUCGGAGGAAACGGUGCCCACGUCGAAACAUUGGAUGCCGAGACCAUGAUGAACUACUGGAAGAUCUUCCUGGCCAACCAGUUCACAUACUUCCUGCUGUGCCCCGCCAUCAAGAUCUCGCUCAUCUGCUUCUACCGUCGCGUCUUCACCACCCCGCGAUUCCAGCAAUUCACCCUCGGCCUGAACUGUCUGAUUGGCGCCUGGGGUCUGGGAAUCUUUCUCGCCUGCGCCGGUCAAUGCCGCCCUCUCCGCGCCUACUGGGACCACAGCGUGCCUGGUAAAUGCUUCGACGCGAACCUCUUCUUCAUCGUCAACCAGGCCUUCAACGUCCUCAUGGACUUUGUCAUCCUCAUCUUGCCCAUCCCCAUGAUCUGGGGUCUCCACCGUGCCUGGCAGGACAAGCUCGCCCUAAACGGCGUCUUCGCUCUCGGUGCCUUCGUCUGCUUCGCCAGUAUCUACCGCAUCGUCGUGCUCUUCUGGAUUAAUCCUACCGACCCGACCUACACCGUCUACCAAGCGACUCUGUGGACACAUAUUGAACCCUCCGUCGGCCUCAUCUGCUCCUGCCUGCCCAUCAUCCGCGGUCUCUUCCCCGCGCUGAAGCUGAAGAACCGCUCCAACCGCAGCCAGCCCUACUACAUCAACACGGAUAUCAGCAACUCGCACUUAGUGUCCAAGUCGAGUCCCCGCUCACCGGACCUGGAGUAUCUCAAGAUGGAGGCGGGUAUGUGUGAGCGCAGUGCGUCUGCGGCCAAGGGUCAAUUCCUGGGUGAUGACCUCCACCCGUUGAACAUUAAUGUUCAGACGGAGAUUUCGAUUAUCCCGGACAAUAACUCGACUACCACGCUCCACCGUUGA